ACGCGGCGGUGACGCACGUGACUUCCUGUUUACAAAGCUAGCCGACCGUCAUUCAUUUUUGACCAAAUUUUUCAACUUUUCAUGCAGCUGCUCACAGCUGGACAGAGCGGACAUGAUUCCCUACACUGUCAACAUUAAACUGGCCGCUCGGACACUGACCGGCACCGUCAACCUACAGAACAAAACCGCGGUGGACUGGGGUUGGCAAGGCCUGAUCGCCCAAGGAUGUCACUCCAGCAUCCUUAUUAUCGAUCCUAAGACUGCUCAGACUAUUCAGGUCCUGGAGAGGCACAAAGCCAAUGUUGUCAAGGUGAAAUGGUCCAGAGAGAACUACCACCACAGUCUCAGCUCUCCUUACUCCCUGAGGCUGGCCUCGGCUGACGCCUCAGGCAAAAUCAUCGUGUGGGAUGUGGUGAGCGGCAUGGCGCACUGCGAGAUACAGGAGCACAGCAAACCUAUCCAGGACAUGGACUGGUUGUGGAAUCAAGAUGCAUCACGUGAUCUGCUUUUGGCCGUGCACCCCCCUAACUACAUAGUGCUGUGGAACGGAGACACAGGGACCAAGCUGUGGAAGAAGAGCUACGCUGAGAACAUCCUUUCCUUCUCUUAUGACCCUUUUGAGCCCUCCAAUCUGGCUUUGCUGACCAGUGAGGGAAUCGUCUUCAUCACAGACUUCUCCCCCUCCAAAGCCCCGGGCAGUGGUGGCAAGAAGGUUUACAUCGCCAGCCCCCACUCUAGCCCUGCCCACAGCAAACCUGCUGCUGUCCAGCCCACCGGUGCCAAGAAGGCCCUCAACAAGGUCAAAGUUCUCAUCACCAAUGAGAAACCCACGGCAGAAGCAGUGACUCUGAACGACUGCCUCCAGCUGUCCUACUUGCCCUCAAAGAGGAACCACAUGCUGCUGCUUUACCCCAGAGAGAUCCUCAUCCUGGACCUGGAGCUCAGCCAGACUGUGGGUGUUGUGGCCAUUGAGCGGUCCGGCGUUCCCUUCAUACAGGUGAUCCCGUGUGCCCAGAGGGAUGUUCUCUACUGCCUGCACGAGAACGGCUGCAUCACACUCCGUGUGUGCCGGUCCACCACACCCUUGGCGGAGGAAACAGCGGCAGACCCGGAGCAGAGCGUGCAGGAGUUGGUGUAUGACCUGCGCUCACAGUGCGACGCCAUCCGUGUCACCAAGACGGUGCGGCCCUACCGCGCCGUGGUCUGCCCCGUCAACGAGAACAGGGCCGCCCUGGUGGUCAGCGAUGGCCGUGUCAUGCUGUGGGAGCUGAAAGCUCACAUUAGCAAAGCAUCAGCCAACCUCAGUUCUGGCUUGUCCCCUCUCUACUCUCCAAUCAAUUUCUGUGGCACUCCUUUGAUCCGGAGCCAGAAACGGAUCCCAGACCUCUCCCUCAACACAAUGAUUGGUCACACUCUGAUCUCAGGUGUAGAUCCCCCCUGGCCUGCGGCUGGCCAGCAGGAAGUGCAGCUGAAGUUUCUCCUGACCGGGCUGCUGUCCGGCUUGCCCUUGCCACCCUUCUCCCUGCGUAUGUGCCCCCCACUGACCACCAAGAACAUCAACCACUACCAGCCCCUGCUGGCUGUAGGCACAAGCAACGGGUCGGUGCUGGUGUACAACCUGACCAGCGGUCUGCUGCACAAAGAGCUGAGCGUCCAUUCCUGUGAAGUCAGAGGGAUUGAGUGGGUUAGUCUGACCAGUUUCCUGUCCUUCGCCACCUCGGCUCCUAACAACAUGGGCCUAGUAAGGAAUGAGCUUCAGCACGUGGACUUACGCACAGGAAGGUGCUUUGCAUUUCGAGGCGAGCGAGGGAAUGAUGAACCAGCCAUUGAGAUGAUUAAAGUGUCUCAUCUAAAGCAGUAUCUGGUGGUGGUGUUCAGAGACAAACCUCUGGAGCUGUGGGAUGUCCGCACAGGGACCCUGCUGCGUGAGAUGGCCAAGAACUUCCCCACCGUUACUGCACUGGAAUGGUCUCCCUCUCACAACCUGAAGAGUCUGAAGAAGAAGCAAAUGGCAGCUCGAGAGGCCAUGGCCAGACAGACCACGCUGUCGGAUGCCGAGCAGAGCAGCGUGGAGUCCUCCGUCAUCAGUCUGCUGCAGGACGCAGAGAGCAAAGCGGAGAUGAGCCAGGGCAUCUCUGCCCGCGAGCACUUUGUGUUUACUGACACAGACGGCCAGGUCUACCACAUCACCGUGGAGGGCAACACCGUGAAGGAUGGAGCGCGCAUCCCUCCUGAUGGUAGUAUGGGCAGCAUUGCCUGCAUUGCCUGGAAGGGAGACACUCUGGUUCUGGGAGACGUGGAUGGAAACCUGAAUUUCUGGGAUCUGAAGGCCCGGCUGUCCAGGGGAAUCCCUACACAUCGCGGAUGGGUGAAGAAGAUCCGCUUUGCUCCUGGGAAAGGCAACCAAAAGCUCCUGGUGAUGUACACUGACGGAGCUGAGGUGUGGGAUACCAAAGAGGUGCAGAUGGUCAGCAGUAUCCGAGUGGGCCGGAACGUGAGUUACCGUAUCCUGGACAUUGACUGGUGCACCUCGGACAAGGUGGUGCUGGCCUCAGACGAUGGCUGUGUGCGAGUGCUGGAGAUGGCCAUGAAGUCUGCCAGCUAUAGGAUGGAUGAGCAGGACCUAACAGAUCCAGUGUGGUGUCCAUACCUGCUGCUGCCCCGUGCUGCUCUCACUCUGAAAGCCUUCCUGCUGCUGCAGCCCUGGUCUGGAACCUACACCAUGGACAUCGGUCAAGUGGACUACAGCGAGAAGGACGAAAUCAAAGGCUUGGUCCAGGAGCAGCUGAACUCUCUGUCUAAUGACAUCAAAAGUGUUCUCCAAGACCCAGAGCUCAAUCUGCUUCAGCGCUGCCUCCUUGUGUCGCAUCUUUUCGGUGACGAGUCGGACCUGCAGUUCUGGACGGUGGCGGCGCAUUAUCUGCAGUCUUUCUCCCAGGCGAGGCAGCUGAGCGUGCCCACUCCUGACAGCCAGCCUCAGGCGGAGGGUUCCCAGAGCGCCCCCCAGAGCCACCUCGACAUCUGCCACGACAUACUGUGUGAAAGCUCCUUCUUUCAGAGGUUCCAGCUUGAGAGGGUUCAUCUGCAGGAGGUGAAGAGGUCCAGCUAUGAGCACACUAAAAAAUGCGCUGACCAGCUGCUUCUUCUGGGACAGACGGAUCGAGCGGUGCAGCUGCUGUUGGAAACGAGCGCAGAUAACCCCAGCUACUACUGCGACUCGCUCAAGGCCUGUCUGGUGACCACCAUCCCCUCCUCCGGGCCAUCCCAGAGCACCAUCAAGCUGGUGGCCACCAACAUGAUCGCCAGCGGCAAGCUGGCAGAGGGGGUGCAGUUGCUGUGCCUGAUUGACAAAGCGGCGGAUGCAUGUCGGUAUCUGCAGACGUAUGGGGAAUGGAACCGCGCUGCCUGGCUGGCAAAGGUGCGUCUGAACCCUGCAGAGGCUUCAGACGUGCUGAAGCGCUGGGCCGAGCACCUCUGCUCUCCUCAGGUCAACCAGAAGUCUAAAGCCAUCCUGGUUCUGCUGUCGCUGGGCUGCUUCCACAAAGUGGGCGAGAUGCUCCACAGCAUGAGGCAUUUUGACCGAGCAGCACUCUUUAUCGAAGCCUGUCUGAAGUACGGCGUGAUGGAGGCCAAUGACACCACUAAUAAGCUGAUAGGUGCAGCCUUCGCCGACUACGCCCGCAUACUGCGCUCCAUCGGGCUGCGAGAAGGAGCGGCGCUGUGGGCCUCGCGAGCCGGAGGAGCCGGGGAGGAGCUUCUGGAGGAGCUGUUCCAGGGAGAUGGAGGAGGAUCAGACCACACCCCUGUAGAGGAGGAGGCAGAGGCAAACCUGGGGGCCACAGAAUGAGUCUCGCCGCUGAAGGACGAGGGGUAGAGCGAGGGCUGUGGGCUAAAGGAGGAGGGUAGAGGAGAUGGAGGAAUUCAGAGAGCAGUUUGAGGCUGGGUGAAGAUUGGAAAAGUAUGUUGAUGGCACUAAAUUUUAAUAAAUGGUGAAGCGUUAACUCCACUGCUGUGGUGUGAGUGGGGUAAAAAAGAGAGAGAGAGAGAAAAUGAAGUGGGGAAAGGUGUCGUUUAGUGUGUGGAUAUAGUUUAUAUGUGGAGUCGGACUUUUGUGUAGGGUGGAAAAAUAUCACGCCACCUUAUGCACUUCUAUAAAAGCAUGCACACGUUUAGCCUCCCGUCCGUUGCCUUGUGUGGUAGUUUCGUGUCUGGCUGUGUGUUGCUGUGGGAUUUUCUCAUGUUAUUCUGCCCUUAAAGGAAGGUUUUGUCAGUAUCUCUAAAUUUGGGAUGUUAUUACAUGAAAUGAUAAUUGUUUUAUGAUAGUUUUGAGAACACAUUCAAAUUAAAACACAUUCAGAUACAUACAAAGUA